UUAAUUUUGCCUGUCAAACACGCUUUAGCACUUUCAAUUUUCCAAUCACUUUUCCUCCACUCCUCCUUCAACCUCUCCCCUUUAUCUUCCCCACUUUAGAUUCCACAGGAAUUCUACCCACAAUCCACAAUCCAUCUCUCUCUCUGUCCUCAAGCAAUGGCGGGUUCCCCUCUUCCCAUCAUCGCCGCUCUCCUAUUUGCGACCGCGUUUUCCCGAAUCUCGUCCCAGCCCGCCAAUUGCCCCUCACAGACCUUCGCCAACGGGCAGGCAUACAGCUUCUGCCUCGGCCUCUCAACCCUCCAAUCGUACCUCUACUGGACCUUCGACCGGCCCACCUCCACCCUCAGCAUCGCUUUCAUCUGCCCGGCCGCCGAGGGCCGGUGGAUCUCGUGGGCCGUGAACCCGACCGGCACCGGCAUGUUCGGCUCGCAGGCCCUCGUCGCGUUCAGGGAAUCCUCCGGCCGGAUGGCGGUCAACACCUACAACAUCACCGGGUACGCGCUGCCGCCGGAGUCCGCGGUGUGGUUCCGUGUGGUGAACUCGUCGGCCGAUUUCUCCGGCCAGUACAUGAGGCUUUUCGCCACCGUGGUCCUGCCGGCGGCGGCGCCGACGACGCUGAACCAUAUCUGGCAGACGGGGCCCUUCAGGGGCGGUGCGCCGGCGGCGCACGAGUUCCAGCCGGCGAAUCUGAACGCCAGAGGCAGCCUUGAUUUGUUGAGAGGCGUGAGCACUGGCUCUACAGGCGGCGGCUCUAGAACCAGGAAGAGAAAUAUUCAUGGUGUGCUAAAUGCUGUUAGCUGGGGGAUUAUGUUUCCAAUCGGAAUCAUAAUAGCUCGUUAUCUAAGGGUUUUUCCAUCAGCUGAUCCGGCUUGGUUUUAUCUGCACAUUUCCUGCCAAAUUUCCGCUUAUGCCAUUGGAGUUGCUGGCUGGGGCACUGGUCUUAAACUCGGAAGUGAGUCGAAUGGUGUUACUUACUCGACCCACCGUAAUAUUGGGAUAACACUCUUUACCCUUGCAACCGUGCAGAUAUUUGCCUUGCUAUUGAGACCAAACAAGGAUCACAAAAUCCGAAUUUAUUGGAAUAUCUACCACCAUGGGAUCGGAUAUGCGAUUCUAAUCCUUGGCAUCAUCAAUGUUUUCAAAGGUCUCGAUAUCUUACAGCCCGAAAACAAGUGGAAAACUGCAUUCAUUGUCGUUAUUUCGGUUUUGGGAGGUAUUGCGGUAUUAUUGGAGGCCAUCACUUGGGGUGUGGUCUUAAGGAGGAAAAAAUCCGAGUUGAACAAACCGUAUGAUGGAUCUAACAAUGGACGGCUUUGAUUUACCGAUUGAUUGACUGAUUGACCAUUGGUAGAUUGUUUUCUGGAAUUUUUAUGGGAUGUUAAUGUAUUGUAUUGUAUUGUAUUAUUAUCGGCUGAUUGAUAGGAUUUGUUAUGUAGCCUUUUUUUUAGCCAUACAAUUACAACGUAUAGAUGUGGACUGGGAUUGCUCUCCUUUUGUUUUGUCUGUGUGUGUGGUGCUUUU